AUGGAUCAAGAGCGCGUUCUUCUUUCGCUUCAGCGACUCCUGGCCCCGGGCCAGCAUCAGUCUGAGACACAACUCGUUGCCUGCCUAGACGCGAGGGAGCUUAACGUGGAGGUGUUCUCAACUUUGUGGGAAAGCCUUGCAGCCACAGUCAGUUCAAUCAACCCCAGACUACUUCAGGUGCUCGAAGCAGAGCUCAGAGCGCUGCUUCGCCUCCUCUAUUUUGCAUUCAGCGUCGGUGUCGGCAGACCAUUUCCUGGCGACGUUUACCAGAACCUCACAUACAGGGUAGAUGUUGGUAAUACUGUGUCAGAGGGAGACUCCGUUAUCAUGACCAGGGGCAGAAGGUUCCUCUACGGUUGUGCCUACGUCCUGGGGCACUACCUGCUGGAGCGUUACCAGACGAUGCGUUACACGGGCUCCCCUUGGGUGCCGUCUGCGUCGAGCGCAGAAAUGAUCGACAACCUUCUCAAAUCUAUGGAAUCUCUGAACUUUUUCCUGUUCUUUUUGAUGAGAAAGUACCGGAAUCCACUGGAGCGCAUUUUUAGGCUGCGCUUGCGGCGGGCAGAGACAGGCGCAACCCGCGCUCUAAGUUUUGAGAUGCUCAAUCGACAGCUUGUCUGGGAGGGCUUCACGGAACUUGCGAUAUCGGUGAUACCCAUCUUGCAGUCACCGCUUCUGCAUCGAAUCCUGAGGAAGGCCGUUUUCCAUGGCCGUUUUGGAGCAGCAUCGCGUGAAGUUGUGUCUCAAGAGCACUCGGGCAAAAUCCGAUGCCGACUUUGCGGAAAAUCGAGACCUCUUAUGCCGCACAUUCUCAUCCCAUGCCGACAUCUUUUCUGCUACGUCUGCAUGGCUAUGAAAAUACGUACCAAUGGCUCGGAGGGAUGUCCGUAUUGUGGGUCUGAGUUUGAGCGGGCUGAAAGCGUGAUUCCAUCUCAGAUGGUCAUGUGA